AAGUGAAGUGCGUGGCAAGUCUACCAGAGGUCUCCGGAAAGUUUGUGUACUUCUAACACCAGACAUGAUUGAUGCAUUGAAAUACCUACAGAGGACUCGGAAUAGUACCAAUGAAUUUUUGUUCUGCAGGCAAAGCGACAACACCCCAAUUGAUGGCUGCACUGCAAUGAGAAUAAUCGCAAAGGAAUGUCCAGGAUUACAGGAACCAAGUAGAAUACGAACAAGAGAAAUGCGAAGGUAUCUGGCGACAACAACACAGAUUCUCGAUAUGUCAGGGGCAGAAUUAAAAAUGGUUGCCGAUCACAUGGGACACAAUGUCAACAUUCACACAGAUGUGUAUCGUCUUCAAAGUUCUAUCAUCGAGAAAACUAAAGUGGCACAUGUGCUUAUGGCGAUGGAAAAUGGGAAAAUCAGCAAAUAUCAAGGACAAAAUCUUCAAGACAUUUCACUUGAAGGUAAUGUGUUACAAAAUAACAAAUGUAUUACACGGCUCAUAAAAUCAAAUCAAAUCUACAAUACCUUCAAAGUAUCUGCAUGUAAACAGGUGGUGGAGUCACGCGGUGGAGUCACGUGGUGGAAUCACGUGGUGGAGUCACAUGGUGGAGUCACGUGGUGGUGUCACGUGGUGGAGUCACGUGUUGGAGUCAUCUGGUGGUGUCACAUGGUGGAGUCACAUGGUGAAGUCACGUGGUGGAGUUUACUUGGUGGUGUCACGUGGUGGUGUCAUGAGGUGGAGUCACGUCCAGUCACAUGGUGA